UUUUAUUCUAUACAGUUUCGAACACUUCCGUGUUCCCAGCGUAAUCUUUCAACCCGGAAGCGCUUUCUUCUUCCUUUCCUGUUUCGGCCUCGAUAGGAGCUAUACUGAGCAAUGGCACCACGCAAGGGUAAAGAAAAGAAGGAGGAGCAGGUGAUCAGUCUGGGACCUCAGGUAGCUGAAGGCGAGAACGUCUUCGGGGUCUGCCACAUCUUCGCAUCCUUCAAUGACACCUUCGUGCACGUCACUGAUCUCUCCGGCAAAGAAACGAUCUGCCGUGUGACUGGUGGAAUGAAGGUGAAGGCCGACAGAGACGAGUCCUCUCCCUACGCUGCCAUGUUGGCCGCUCAGGAUGUGGCUCAGAGGUGCAAGGAGCUCGGCAUCACCGCUCUACACAUCAAACUGAGGGCUACUGGCGGAAACAGGACCAAGACUCCAGGACCCGGUGCUCAGUCUGCUCUUAGGGCUCUGGCUCGCUCUGGCAUGAAGAUCGGCCGCAUCGAGGACGUCACCCCAAUUCCAUCAGACAGCACCCGCAGAAAGGGAGGUCGCCGUGGGCGUCGUCUGUAAACUGUUAUGGAUUUUUUUUCAAAAUAAAAAGUCAAAUAGUG